UUUCUUCCUCCCUCCUCCUCCUCUCUUAUCUCCUCUCCCUCUCUCUCAGUUCUCCUAAACAAGAGUGAGUCUAGAGUCUUGACCCACCAAAGCCAUAUAUUAAACUACUAAACCCUUCAACCCUAGCUAGCUCAUACUACUUAUUAGACCAACCAAAGCCACUUUCUUUUUUCAUGCUAUUAUGGAUGGAGGAGGCAGUGAUGAUCAUCCCCUCCCUCUCCACCUCCACCACCACCACCACCACCACCACCGCGGCAAUAUUUUCCCAUUCCAAUUGCUCGAAAAGAAAGAGGAAGAGCAGCCAUGCUCCUCCUCCUAUCCUUCUCUCCCAAUUAUCUCCACCGAACCAAACACCACCAACACGGCUGAAGCCUCCAAAAAGCCACCACCAAAGCGUACAUCAACAAAGGAUCGCCACACGAAGGUCGACGGCCGUGGACGCAGAAUUCGCAUGCCUGCACUCUGCGCCGCCAGGGUUUUCCAGCUGACAAGGGAAUUAGGCCACAAAUCGGACGGCGAAACAAUCGAGUGGCUACUACAACAGGCAGAACCCGCAGUUGUCGCCGCCACGGGAACCGGUACAAUCCCUGCUAAUUUCACAUCCCUAAACAUAUCUCUCCGCAGCUCUGGCUCCACCAUGUCCGUUCCUUCUCAACUAAGAUCCGCAUCCUUCAAUCCCACUUUCGCACAGCACAGCAGAAGCUUAUUCUCUCUGAAGAACACGCCGACAUUUCUCAAUUUCGCAUCCGGCAACGUGAAUGCCAUGUUCGGUGCCAAACAAGAAAGCAGUACUAAUUCACUAGAAACAGAUCAAGAUCAAGAAAGUAUUGGGAGGAAGAACCAGAGGAGGACAUCUGAGGAAGAUUCAGGGCAUCAAAUGGGGACUAAUUACAUGCUCCAAUCGAGUAGUAUCGGUUCGAUUCCUGCGAAUCAAGGACAACUUCCUGGAAAUUUCUGGAUUCUUGCGAAUUCGAGUAAUCAAAUCAUGAGUGGAGAACCCAUUUGGUCAAUCCCUUCAAUUGACAAUAAUACUAAUGCUAGUGGUUUGUAUAGGAGCAAUAAUAUGUCCGGUGGCUUGCAUUUCAUGAAUUUUCCGGCUCCGAUGGCGUUAUUACCCGGGCAGCAACAACAACAACUUGGUUCGAGUAGUGGCGGUGGUGGAUAUGGAGAUGAUCAGCAUGACAGGACGAGUACUCAUCAAGAAUAAAUCAUCAUCGAUGGAUCGACAUUGUCCUCCAAUUGUGUGGGUUUUCUUUGUUAAAUAUUACCACACACGCAAGGUUUGAUUUUGAGAUUUAAUUGAUUGAUUAAUCUUCCAAGAUUAAUUCUUCUUAUUUGUGAGUGUAUGUGCAUGUGUGUGAGAUUAUGAUGAGGCUGUUAAAUUUAGGGUUUUUGAGAGCAAAGGAGGACACACACAUGAGUGUUGUUACUGGCAAAAAAAUCUCAUUUCAGUCAUUGGGGUUUCUUUUGUUUUUUGAAAAAAUUCUUACUAGUGUCGAACAAAAUGACUCUUAUAACAUAUAUAUGCGUGUGUAAGCGGUAACUAGCAUUAUUUGUUCUGUCUCUAGCAGUGAAAAUGGCCACAAAGUUUGUGUAAAAGACUGAAGAGUGAAAAGGAUAUAACAGUUGAGUUUCUGUGUUUGCUA